AAAAAAAAAAACAGAGAAGAGAAAGAGAGAGAGGAGAAUGUCAGUAUCACGUGGCGUGGCGCUAUCUCAUCCCCAACACAAAUCAUCUCUCUUUCUCUCUCUCUUCCUAAAUCUUUGAGUUUGGAGCUUCUUCUUCUUCUUCUUCUUCUUCUCUCAUCACUUCUCGCCGCUUCUCAUGGCUUCUUCAACCACCACCACAACUCUCUCCGACUUACCUGACGUGAUCUUAUCCACUAUUUCCUCACUAGUCUCCGAUUCCAGAGCUCGCAACUCUCUCUCCCUAGUCUCUCACAAAUUCCUCGCUCUCGAACGAUCCACUCGUUCUCACCUCACUCUCCGCGGCAACGCUCGCGACCUCUCUCUCGUCCCCGGCUGUUUCCGAUCCGUUUCUCACCUCGAUCUCUCUUUCCUCUCUCCAUGGGGUCACACACUCCUCGCUUCUCUCCCUCUCGAUCACCAGAGCCUCCUCGCUCUCCGUCUCAAAAUCUGUUUCCCUUCCGUCGAGUCUCUCAACGUCUACUCCCGAUCACCUACCUCCCUCGAGCUUCUCCUUCCUCAAUGGCCGAGGAUUCGUCACAUCAAGCUCCUCCGAUGGCACCAGCGAGCUUCUCAGAUCCCUUUAGGCGGCGAUUUCGUUCCUAUUUUUGAACACUGCUGUGGUUUCCUCGAGUCGUUAGAUCUCUCCGCUUUCUAUCACUGGACUGAAGACUUGCCUCCUGUUCUUCUCCGUUACGCUGACGUCGCGGCGAGGCUUCUACGGUUGGAUCUCUUGACGGCGUCUUUCACCGAAGGUUACAAAUCUAGCGAGAUCGUCAGUAUCACUAAAUCUUGCCCUAAUUUGAGAGAGUUUCGUGUCGCUUGUACUUUUGAUCCGAGGUACUUUGAGUUCGUCGGAGAUGAGACUCUCUCCGCCGUCGCUACCAAUUGCCCUAGUUUAACGCUUCUCCAUAUGGUAGACACGGCGUCUCUGGCGAAUCCUAGGGCGAUUCCAGGUACGGAAGCUGGUGACUCGGCUGUCACGGCGGGGACUUUGAUUGAGGUUUUCUCUGGUUUACCGAAUCUAGAGGAGCUGGUUCUUGAUGUAGGGAAGAACGUGAACCACAGUGGUGUAGCUUUAGAGGCUUUGAAUUCCAAAUGUAAGAAGCUGAGAGCGUUGAAGCUAGGUCAGUUCCAAGGAGUUUGCUCUGCUACUGAUUGGGGGAGGCUCGAUGGUGUUGCUUUGUGUGGAGGGUUGCAGUCCUUGUCCAUUAAGAAUUCCGAAGAUUUGACUGAUAUGGGAUUGGUUGCUGUAGGGAGAGGAUGUUGUAAGCUGACCAAGUUUGAGAUUCAAGGGUGUGAGAAUGUAACAGUGAAGGGGUUAAGAACAAUGGUUACUCUUCGGAGAAUGACUUUAACUGAUGUGAGAAUCUCUUGCUGCAAGAAUCUUGAUACAACCUCUUCUUUGAAGGCGAUUGAGCCGAUAUGUGAUCGGAUCAAGAAACUGCAUAUAGACUGUGUGUGGUCUGGUUCAGAGGAGGAGGUAAAAGAGAAGUUGGAAACAAGCGAAACUAACCACCAGGAUGAUGAUGAUGAUGAUGAUGAUUACGAGAGGAGCCUGAAGAGGUGCAAGUAUUCAUCGGAGGCAGAACACUGUUCAACCAGUGAUGGGAAUGGAUUCUUUUCUGAAGAAAGAGUAUGGGAGAAACUGGAGUAUCUGUCUUUAUGGAUCAGUGUUGGAGAAUUUCUGACACCACUACCUAUGACAGGACUAGAUGACUGUCCAAAUUUGGAAGAGAUUAGGAUCAAGAUAGAAGGAGAUUGCAGAGGUAAACGCAGGCCAGCUGAGCCAGAGUUCGGGCUAAGCUGUCUUGCUCUCUACCCAAAGCUCUCAAAGAUGAAGUUAGAUUGCGGGGACACAAUCGGUUUUGCACUGACCGCACCGCCAAUGCAGAUGGAUUUGAGCUUAUGGGAAAGAUUCUUCUUGACCGGAAUUGGGAGCUUGAGCUUGAGCGAGCUAGAUUAUUGGCCACCACAGGAUAGAGAUGUUAACCAGAGGAGUCUUUCGCUUCCUGGAGCAGGUCUGUUACAAGAGUGCCUGACUCUGAGGAAGCUCUUCAUACAUGGAACAGCUCAUGAGCAUUUCAUGAACUUUUUGUUGAGAAUCCCAAACUUAAGGGAUGUACAGCUUAGAGCAGACUAUUAUCCUGCGCCGGAGAAUGAUAUGAGCACAGAGAUGAGAGUUGGUUCGUGUAGCCGCUUCGAGGACCAAUUGAACAGCCGCAAUAUCAUCGACUGAAAACUUAUGAUUGAGUUACCUAUACUGUUAUAUCUGUAUUAACUUCAGAAACUUGUCCAUUUUAUUUGUAUGUGUUAUAUUUGUUUGUAAAAGGAAAGAGCAAAGCCUAAAAUUUGCAAUCAAUGAAAUGAUUUCAUAAUACAAAAAACCAUUGUUAUUAA